GAGGAGGGAGGCAGGGCUGUGACAAAACCUGUCUUACGAGAGAGAGAAAGAGAGGGCGAAAGAGAGAGGGAGUCUUUACAUCGCCAGCAAGCAUCGGGGAGAGAGGAUCUAAAGGAAGUCCUGUGUUUGUGUGAAGGAGGGAGAGAGAGAGAGAGAGAGAGAGAGAGAGAGAGAGGAAACACCACGUAAAGAGACAGAAGAUACCCUUUCCUGGAAAACUCCAGUCCUCUCUGACUGUCGCCGCUCACUGAGGAAGAAAGACAGCAGUGUUUUAAAGAAGAGGGACCGUUUAACCUGGUUGUCGUUCCGCUGAGGGCUGAGACACACAGAGAAGAAGAAGACAUGUCUGGUCAUUUACUAAGGAGAAGCUCCAGCAAGGCAGGUCUGCAGAAUCUCCUCAGGGUGACGGCCCAGCGCAGUAUGGAGGAUGCUGAGGAAAUAGAGCGGGAGCGGCGACGGAGGGCCAGGGAGAGACAGGGAGGCCACAGGCACCACACUGGCCCAGCCAGCCCCGCCAGCCCCACGCUGGACAACGGGCCCCUGGAGCUGUAUCCAAUGUGUGAGAGUGAGCUGAAGGCUAGUGGCUGCCAGUUGACUCUGGAGGAGGACGAGGGCUUCAGUGACUGGACCCAGAGGUUGGAAAAACGCAGACAGCGCCACCUGGAGGAACAGGAGUCCUGGGAGGACCAUCAGCCUCAGCCCCAGCAGUCCCAGCUGCUAAACGGAACCUCCACAACCAGGCCCUGCCUGAAGACACGUCCUGGGCCUGGGCCCGAGGAGGAGGAGGAGGAGGAGGAGGAGUGGGAACGAAGAGCCAGCAACAAGACACGAGAUGCUUCAAGAAGAGCAACAGACAACAAGGUAGUGGAAAAGAAGAAAUCUGAGUUGAAGAUCUCCUACACCUCUAAAGUCAUGAGACACGUCAACAGUAACGGGGAAGCAGCUGGAGCGGAAGUGACAUCAUACCUAGUUGCAGGAAAACUGUCCCCAAGUUGCAGUGGCAGCUUGGGAGGGCAGAGACAGGAGGAGGUGGAUGGAGAGGUUCCCGAGGGGCUGCCGGAGACAGAGAAGACGGCAGGCCAGGGAGAGGGCACCCUGGAACAGCGGGAGGACAAGGAGGAGAUGGAGGAGUUGAACCGCAGGCGAGAGGAGAGACACAGGGCCAGGGAGGAAGAGGAGCAGCACCAGAGAGAGGAAGAGGAGGAGGAGAGGAAGAGGGUGAAAGAGGGGAUCGAGAGGAGGAGGGUGUCGGCUACAGAGAGGAGGAUGAAGAACCUCAGUAUCUCCAGCAUUGAGGGAGACGAGUCCUUCAGCCCCUUCAGUCCCAUGAGCCCCACCUUCAAGAAUGACAAGGAGAACAGGAUGACGGCUGACAAUACCUGCACG